AGAAAGUACAUUUUAUCAAGGGUCAAAAUGUCCUACUAAGAGGGCAACAUAGAACUUUUUCCUGCUUUCAGGCAUGAAUCAGAUCACAAUUCAAUGGGAUGUGGUAAUAGCUCUUUACAUAUUCUUCAACUGGUGUCAUGGAGGAAUUACGAAUAUAAACUGCUCUGGCCACAUCUGGGUAGAACCAGCCACAAUUUUUAAGAUGGGUAUGAAUAUCUCUAUAUAUUGCCAAGCAGCAAUUAAGAAUUGCCAACCAAGGAAACUUUAUUUUUAUAAAAAUGGCAUCAAAGAAAGAUUUCAAAUCACAAGAAUUAAUAAAACAACAGCUCGGCUUUGGUAUAGCAACUUUCUGGAGCCACAUGCCUCUAUAUACUGUACUGCUGAAUGUCCUGGAUAUUUUCAAGAGACACUGAUAUGUGGAAAAGACAUUUCUUCUGGAUAUCCACCAGAUGUUCCUGACAAGGUAACCUGUGUCAUUUAUGAAUAUUCAGGCAACAUGACUUGUACCUGGAAUUCUGGGAAGCCUACCUACAUAGACACAAAGUAUGUGGUGUAUGUGAAGAGUUUAGAGAAAGAAGAAGAGCAACAAUAUCUUUCUUCAAGUUAUAUUAACAUCUCCACUGAUUCAUUGCAAGGUGGCAAGAAAUAUUUGGUUUGGGUUCAAGCUGCAAAUGCAUUGGGCAUGGAGAAGUCAAAACAACUGCAAAUUAAUCUGGAUGAUAUAGUGAUACCUUCUGCAGCUAUCAUCUCCAGGGCUGAGGAUAUAAAUACUACAGUCCCCAAGACCAUAAUCCACUGGAAUAGUCAAACAACAAUUGAAAAGGUUUCCUGUGAAAUGAGAUAUAAGACUACAACAAACCAAACAUGGAAGGUUAAAGAAUUUGACACCAAUUUUCCAUAUGAGCAACAGUCAGAAUUCUACUUGGAGCCAAACACUAAGUAUAUAUUUCAAGUGAGAUGCCAAGAAACAGGUAAAAGGUACUGGCAGCCCUGGAGUUCACCAUUUUUUCAUAAAACAGCUGAAACAGUUCCCCAGGUCACAGUGAAAUCAUUCCAACAUGAUACUCAGAAUUCUGAGCUUCUGAUUGCUUCCAUCUUUAAAGGACAUCUUACUUCUGACAACAGGCAACAAGACAUUGGACUUUUAUUGGGAAUGAUCUUCUUUGCUGUUAUGUUGUCAAUUCUUUCUUUGAUUGGGAUAUUUAACAGAUCAAUCCGAACUGGAAUUAAAAGAAGAAUCUUAUUGCUAAUACCAAAGUGGCUUCAUGAAGAUAUUCCUAAUAUGGAAAAUAGUAAAGUUGUAAAAAUGUUACAGAAACAAAGUGAAUUUAUGAAUAAUAAUUCCAGUGAACAGGUCCUAUAUGCUGAUCCAGUGAUUACAGAGAUAGAAAUCGUUCUCCCAGAAGAACACAAACCCACAGACUACAAGACGGAAAAGAAUACAGGAUCCCUGGAGACAAGAGACUGCCUGCAAAACUCACUACUCACCAACACUACAGUUGUGUAUAUUCCUGGUCUCAGCACUGGGUAUAAACCCCAGAUUUCGAAUUUUCUCACUGGAGGAAACCAUCUCAGCAAAAAAGAUGAAACAUCUUCCUCAACUCUCAAACCACUGGCUGAUUCCUCAGACCUGGGGGGAGAUGCCAGGUUUAAAAAAUACCCUAAUUUUGCUUUUUCUGUCUCAAGUAUGAAUUCGCUAAGCAACACACUAUUUCUUGAAGAAUUAAGCCUCAUUUUAAAUCAAGGAGAAAGAAGUCCUCUGGACAUGCAAAAUUCAGUUGAGGGAGAAACAACCAUGCUCUUGGAAAAUGCUUCACCCAACGAAACUAUUCCAGAACAGACCCUUUUGCCUGAUGAAUUUGUUUCCUGUUUGGGGAUCAUGAAUGAGGAGUUGCCAUCUAUUAAUUCUUAUUUUCCACAAAACAUUUUGGAAAACCACUUCAAUACAAUUUCACUCUUGGAAAAGUAA